UAUGCGGCACUAUUUUGAGUACCUUCCUUCUUCUCUUAGUUGCUGGUGUCGUUUGUAAGGUAUAAGUAGGGUUGGUAGUCUUCGACGCAGCGAUGUAGGUAGGCGUCAAUUACAGUUGUUCAUAUCAAGGCCGUGCAAGUGCCAUACCCUCAAUACUGUGGUGAAGGCCUUUGUUCGUCUGCUUAUCACAAGCCUUCUUCGCAGUCGUUGCUAGAGAGAACAUUGUCCCCGCUUCACUCCGUCACGUGUUCGGUUCCGGUAAUAGGUACCUAAGUACCUAGCCUGUCGUCAUGAUGCUCAACGCAGCGCUGCUCGUCACCACCCUGCUCGCCUUCAUCAUGAAAGCACAAGCUGCUACUCUCCCAAUCCGAAUCUUAACCCACAACAUCCGUUAUGCCGCCGAUCCACCAGCCGCAGGCGAGAAGCCCUGGUCAACCCGGAAACAACUGAUCCUCAACGAGCUGCACUACAACACGCUCCACAACCCCGAGGCCUUCAUCUGUCUACAAGAAGUGCUCAACGAGCAAAUCGUCGAUAUAAUGGCCGGUCUCGGCAACGAAUGGGCCUACAUUGGCGUAGGCCGCGACGACGGCAAAACCGAAGGCGAAUACAGCCCUGUCAUCUACCGCCCAGCCGUCUGGGAACUCGUGACCUGGAAGACUGUCUGGCUAAACGAAGACGGAGCUGUUGGGAAGAAAGGCUGGGACGCAGGCUCCGUUCGCAUAGUGACCAUCGGCACGUUCAAGCACAUGACAAGCAAGAAGGAAAUAGUAGCCAUGUCGACACAUUUCGACAACUCCGGCGCUAUCUCGCGCCGCGAAUCCGCGAGGAUUAUCGAAGGCAUUGCUGCGGAUAUCGCUUCCCCGGCUUCAAACUACUCGUCCACUGGCCUGUCUUUCUUCCUAGCCGGCGACCUCAACUCUGAGAUUACGGAUGAUGCGUACAUCAUGCUGAAUAACGCGUCGUCUCUCCUGCACGAUACGAAGGAGCAGGCUAAGUGGCUGUAUGGUGACGAGAAUACGUAUACGGCUUUCGAUGAUGUGGAUAAGUCGCUGAUUGAUUUUGUGUUUGUAGGACCGAGGGGAGAGGGGGAUUGGGGUGUUGAGGGUUAUAGUGUGCUGCCAAAUCGGUUUGAGGAUGGGGUCUAUGCGAGUGAUCAUCGUGCGGUGGUUGUGGAUGGGGUUUUGGAGGUUUAGAGACAGAGGGAGUUGUUUGUGGGGAUGAUACAAGUUCAUUAGCCUGGAACAAUGUACUUGAUACCAUUAAAUGUCUGGCACGCUGUCGAAGCUGUCAAUAGCGUGGCUUAUGGAGAAGUGCACUGCAGCAUGACAGCAGUGGAUUUGCUCUGCAAUCAUGCCAAUGUUUCAAAUACGAGCUUGCCAACAGUGAUCCGGCUGACCACAAGCCCAGUUUCUAGAUGCAGGCAAUUAAUUCAAGAACAGAAGUAAAGCAGGUCGAGUGUGAU